AUGAACCUCCGAAUGAGCGACAACCACCGGAUCGCGAAGUACAUCACCCAGUUCACGCGCCUCGCGACUCAGGUCCGGUGGGGAAACGCCCCGCUCCGUUACCGUUUCUAUGACGGUCUUCCAAACCGUCUGAAGGACCGGAUUUCGGAGGUCGGAAAGCCUACGACGCUCGUCGGGCUUCGCGACUUGGCCCAGUCUAUCGACAACCGGUACUGGGAGCGCAAGACCGAGCAAAGCCGGGACUCCGGGACCUCUAAGUCCGGAGGGAAGUCCGGCUCCUCGGACUCGAAGCCGCAGCAGUCGUCCAAGCCUUCCACCUCCAACUCCGGGUCCUCCAACUCUGGAACCCCGAAAGCGACCUCCUCUUCCGGCCACAAGCAGGCGGCCAAGACUCCGGCCAAGCCCUACGCCGACAAGCUGGGCAAGGACGGCAAGUUGACGGCCGAGGAACGUCAGCGGCGGUGCCGGACAUUCGGCCAACGCGUGCCCGAAGAAGUCCUCCUCCGCCGCCAAAAGCCGAGCCGCGCAGGCCAAGGCCGCGCCAGCUCCGGCUGGAGGAGCGCAAGUUGA